AAAUAACCAAUUUCAGUUGAACUGUGAUGAACUACUAAUAAUAUUGUAGCCAACAUUGCAUAAUGGCUAAUGUAAACGUAGAAAAUAUGGUGCAACCUGUGAAGCGAAAAAGCCAAAAAUCUACUGUCAAAAGAGUUGGAAAUACAGCUUCAUCACGACUCAGACAAGAUUAUAUUCAACUAAUGAAGAACCCUGUUCCCUACAUCAUUGCAGCCCCUCUCCCUACAAACAUUUUAGAAUGGCAUUACGUCGUUCAGGGUCCAUCUGACAGCGUCUAUUCAGGUGGGUACUACCACGGGAAGCUAAUUUUCUCGAAUGACUAUCCAUUCAAACCUCCGUCUAUCAUGAUGUGCACUCCGAAUGGGAGGUUUAAAACAAACACCAGACUGUGUCUGUCCAUCAGUGAUUUUCACCCCGACACUUGGAAUCCCGCUUGGUGUGUGUCCACUAUUCUCAUUGGUUUGCUGAGUUUCAUGCUGGAAACUGCGCCGACUCUUGGUAGCCUGGAAACUUCUGAUCAAACGAAAAGGCAGUUUGCAUUGCAAAGCUUGGAGUUCAACAUCAGAGAUCCGGUAUUCCAAGAGUUAUUUCCAGAACUUUUCAAGAAAAUAGGAGAUUUACUGAAGCAAAGAGAAGCAGAAAUGAGUAAAUCAAUCGCCUCUCAAAGGUCUUUGCAGAGUUCUCGGAACUCGAUGGGCAGCGGAGUGAACAGAAACAAUGGUGCGGUCGCGAACGACCAGGACGGUAACUGGGGAGGGGCCUUGAUGAACUUAGGGGUGCUGUUGGGAUUCGCCGCUUUCUCUUUAGUUGUGAAAUAUAUCUGCAAGUUGAUUAUUAACGAGCAGCUGUAUAUUUUUGGAUCUCAAAUGAACAAAAACAAUCCAGCGGACGGCAUUAAUAGCGAGGAGAAGCUCCUGGAAUCGACUAGUGCGGUCAAUGAGAAGCAAUUGCGAUUCUCAGAAGAGCCACAAGACCUCAUAGGGAGCUAUGAUGACAUGUAUCCGGACUGGGAGGCUGAUGCUGAGCCAGAUUGCGAGCUAAAUAUCCAACUUGUUAUGAGACGAACUCUACUGGCCAACAGCAAAGAGCAAGAGGACAAGCUGUCGAGUGCAGAAAAAGCCGAGUGGCUCACGGAAAGUAUGAGUCAUUUAAGACUGGACCGAGAGAAGAUUCGGGUGAUUGAGAACCUAGAAUGUUUCAGUGCAAAGCUGACUCAUCUAUAUUUACAACAUAACCGAAUAGAGCAUAUAACAGGUUUAUUAUGCCUGGAGAAGCUGAAGUUUCUUUGUUUGUCUCACAAUAAAAUAAAACAAAUAGAUAUGGACGAACUGCCAAAGGGCAUUAUUGCAAUUUAUUUGGACGGAAAUCCUUGUACUCAAAGUUCAGAUUAUCCUCUUAACUUAAUAGCAUCUCUCCCAAAAUUAAAGUCGGUUGAUUUUGAGUCGAUUAGUGAAUCGAAAAGACGAAAAGCCCUGAAGUUUGUUGACCCGAAUUUGCAACUAGACACAGACGUCUCUUCUGAAGGCGAAGAUACCUCGGCGGACGAAGUCAGCGAGGAAGAUCCAAGCUCGCAUCUUGCACAAGGCUUGGAUCCCGUGAAGAAGAAAAUGUUGAGCGACUUGGAUUUGAAAAAUGGACAAAUAGACAACAUAGAAGAGCUGUUAUCACCAGAGCAACUGCAGGUGUGGAGAACUUCUUACCAACAAGUGCAGAUUUUAAGCUCAAGCGAGGAGGAGGGUCUGAGUGAUCGUGAAAAUAUAGUGGGAGCCAGUGCACCUGAAGCAGAAGAGUCAAACCAGGAAGCUGUAGAAGUUAACAAAUCAUCCCAAAAAGGAGCAAAAAAGAAGAAAACCAGGAAAAAUAGAGACGAUGUCAAACUAAAAACAGACAAGGAAAAGCAAAAUUUGAAGAAUUUGGGCAUCAAUCCUGCACAUUUUAGGGAUUUGACCGUUAAACUGUUAGGGCGGUCGAGAGCACGUCAAAAUGAGGACACAGAAAAGCAUAAUAAGAAACUGACUAAAUUGGACUCCUUCAGAGAAGAGGAAAGCGAGAGAUUCGCUCAGUCGAGCAGGAUUCCAGUGAGUGAGAGAAUGGUCUACGACAACUUGAAUCAAGUCACAGUGCAAGUGUUACCGGAGAGAAGCACAAAUGCUCGCCGCUGAAUGAGCCCCAUAAGUUACUACAAGAGAUUUAUCUCAGAUCAUUUUAGUGUUGUGUAAUAUUUUGCUGUAAAUAUAUAUGUACAGAACUUGUAGAUUUAGAUUGUAAAUAGAUAAAGAGUUCAAGAGCUGAAAAUAUCAUUCCGACGGCGAAGAGUGAAGGAACUUCGAGGGCAAGUGGCGUGCGAUGGGGAAGUAGGCUUUUUCAAGUCAAAUUGGCGUCUACCCAAGUCUUGUUGGUUAAGUUGUCGCUCGGUAAAUGUCUCUGAAUUCCUAUAUAACGCUUGGGAUUGGGUUUCUUGACACGUUUUCCCUUUUUUCCGAAACAUUUUUGCGAUUUAGUUACUUUCGUCUCGAUUUCUAUCUGCUAGCUUUCAAGGUCAUUUUUUUGUGUAGUAAAUAUGAAGCU